AUGUGGACAAAAUUGGGAGUUACAGCCAUGGACCUUACAACCAAACCUACAGCCGAAACAAGAUUUUCGCUUAAAAGCUCAACCCACAUAGGUUCUAAUUUCACUACUAAGACCGGAUUGAAAUCAAUGAAAGAUAAAUCCUUAGACAAAGAACCUAUAAGCCAAGAUAUGAAGGUGUUUUUGUCGGUGGCCAUACCACUUUUAGCCUUAUUGACAAUUCUUGGAGUCCCGACUCUCAUUAUUUUGAAAAUUUAUUUGAGAGCAGGUUGGUGUAACGGUCAAGUCGAGUGCUUCUUUUAUUUCGGUGACCGGGUUCGAACUCAAAUAGAUACCCGCGCAGUGACGAGGAAAUCUGACGACCUAAGUUCCCACGGGUCUACGAUCACGCCACAGCAGGAACCGCAAAUUGAAAUAAAACCUCUAAGAAAAAAAUUUUUCAAAAUUUAA